UCGGAAUUUAACAUCACCUUUGGUAUUAAGGGAUAUAGCCAAAAUUUAACGUUUGUUUUGGAGCCUAAUAAAGACUUGAUUUCAAAAGACACACAUGUCCAGUAUUUGGAUACCGAGGGAAAGAUCAGCCAUAGCGAUUUAAUUACCCCGUCGAUGCAUCGAAUAUUCAAGGGGACAGUUUGGACACCAUCUGCAUGGGAAAAAGUUGGAUGGGCUCGCAUAUUGAUGCUCAGGGAUGGAGUUGAUCCUUUAUUUGAGGGUGCAUUUACCAUCGCCUCUGAGCAGUAUCAGAUUCGAUCACAGUCCACUGUGACAGAAGAUACAGGCAAUGCAAAAGAGCAGGUCAUGGUCUAUCGAAUUUCAAAGUCUAACCUGGAAGGUCGAUCGGAUGAUAAAUCAUCAUUUCCCCAGUCGAUUUGCAGGUCUGGGGAACACCAUUCAAUCGAACCAUCUUUCGCCCUAUUGGAACGCCAGUUCAACCAAGGAGACCUUACAGAUACUAUAGGUAGCACGUCUGGCUGUCCUAAUAGACGCAGAGUGGCCUAUGUUGGCAUCGCAACCGAUUGCUCCUACACGGCAGCCUUCGAUUCCACUGAUGCCGUCCGUCAAAAUAUUCUCAGCGUGGUCAAUACUGCCUCAGUUGUCUUUGAGAAUAGCUUUAACAUUUCUCUCGGUCUGCGUAACCUGACCAUCAGCGAUGCAGCGUGUCCUGGGAGCGCUUCAGAUUCAACACCGUGGAACGUUGCUUGCUCAACGGGAGAUCUCAACUGGCGGUUAAAUCGCUUCUCAUCAUGGCGAGGCUCAAUUGACGAUGAUGACAAUGCGUACUGGACACUAAUGACGGAGUGUAACACUGGGGGUGAAGUUGGAGUGUCUUGGAUCGGAGCAUUGUGCAAUUAUGGGUCGUUUGGGUAUACAACCUCAGUAGGAGCGAACGUGGUUGCUCGCGUGGAAAAUGCUGAGUGGCAAGUUUUUGCCCAUGAAUCGGCUCAUACGUUCGGUGCUGUUCACGACUGUAACUCUAAUACUUGCGCUGCAGGAUAUGGUUCGACAUCACAGUGCUGUCCUCUGUCUUCUUCCACUUGUGAUGCCGGUGGGGAAUAUAUAAUGAAUCCCUCGGUAGCAAUUGGAAUGACCCGGUUUUCACCCUGCAGCAUUGGCAACGUCUGUUCUCAACUAAGGACGGGAAGUGUCAACACUCGCUGUCUCGUCGACUAUAAUGAUGCUUGGAAUAACGGGACGAUCAAUUCCCCCGGGACCUGUGGAAACGGAAUUGUCGAGGAUGGAGAAGAGUGUGAUUGUGGGGGAGACUCGUGUGAAGGGCGUGAUGCUGAAUGCUGCGACGCAGCAACAUGCCAGUGGCGAGGGGAGUGUAGUUCAGGCAAUGGUGGUAAUAACCGGAGUACUGGUGAUAGCCUGGCAUCCUGGGUUGAUCGCCAUCGCUCGUUGGUUAUUGGGUUGUGUGCUGGAGUUGGAGGGGCAUUGCUGUUUUUGGUUGUGGCGUGUCUUUUAUAUAGCUGUCGCAGGCGUAGAAAGACAGUGUAG